AUGUUUGGUGACAAGGUAGAUCAUCUACCCAACUGCUGCGGCUUAGCAGCGGUACCGCACCGGGUCGUGACCCGGGCCGGGUUAAAUUCGAUGCUCGGAAGUGUCGGACAGCGACCUCAACACCGGGGGAAAACGAUCAACCUGGUGCUUCUUACGCGCACCACGCACGAUGGAGAUGACGACGAUGAUGAUACCAAAAGCUCCUUGAGCUCCGAAGAAGACAAGGACGAGGAAGCCCGGUUGCCUAAACUAGUGAAUCCCAGCCGGACAGCCAAGCAGGCUGGGAUCCUCAAAGCAAUCGACACUUCCGGCGGCCGGACUGAACGCCCUGCAAAAAGACGCCGGCCCUCAAAACCUGCCUUGCCUCCGGCUCGUGUCCCCUCACCUCCACCGCCAGCUAAAAACCCUGAGCUCAAGCGAGCGGAAGGCGGUUUUCGCCGCAUCAGCAGUGACAUCCUGGAUUUUGCACAGCACCCAAGCUGGUAUCCUCCAAUGACCGCGAAUCCUUCGGAUCCAUUCUACACCCUAUUCUCGAAACCUUUUGAAAUGCCACCUGAUCGUAGUCUCCAAGGUGUAAGGAACACCCCAGGAUUUGGCCCGCAGGAUCUUUGUGACUUGCACGAUUGUUUGAAUCCCCUGCUGACGGCCUUGAAACACGGGGAGAAACUCAUUGGGCAGAUGGUUCCUCCUCGAGGCAUUCCCCAUUCAGUCGCGCCCAAUGCGCCCCUCGCACAACCAUAUGCUGAUGGGCCAGCACCGGCCGAGGCAACCUCCCUUCCCGCUGCCAACAAAGCCUGCGCAACGGAGGACAGCCAGUCUUCUGACGAAGGAUACUCCGAGCUCCCUGAGGACCUAGAAUGA